GCUGGGUUCGCAUUUCUGCUUUAUGCCUUCUCUGAUUGCAGUCUGCAUUGUUUAUGCCCCUCUUCUAGUCUGGCACUAUGGUUUGACUCGGAAUUUGAACUGAACUUGCAGUCUUUCAACAUUGACAUAGUAACAUUGCUGAAACAAUAAAUAAAGAAUAUAAGUGGGUGGAUUUUGUUAGCGAAAGAUCCAGGUGCUAGUAAGAAGGAAUUCCAAUUCGGAAAUGUAUUGUAAACUUUUUGUCGGCUAUCUAGCAAAUGACAUUGAAUGCUCGCUAGCAAGCGAAACGUUAUCAAAAAAAUGUGGUCAGCAAGCUAAUAACCUAGUCGUGGCAUCGGCAGUGUGCAACUGCAUGUAUAGUACCUUUACCAUUUUGAAAGAUAGGUUCAUGAGUUUCUUUCCUAAAUUUAUCUAUUAAUCGAUUAUCUGCUUUUGCGCGACCGAUAGGAGCAAAUGGUUAAUGUCUGAUCAGCGAUUUUUAAACGUUACUUUAAAAAUACUUUUCACUUCGAUGAAUUCGGCUGGCUGGAUACAAAGGGCUCGUCAGAUGUUGAAGCAGCUCUUGCUGUUUCUCUCACUGUUUUUAUGCGGGGUGGACGCUUCGAUAUGGCAGCACUGCGAUAAUGGAAAGCUUUGGCUUGAGAAAGACCUGCCACUCUCCGCUGUGUACCAGUGUGCCGGGAUAUCCUGGUCAGAGUCCACCCAGGUAAUUAUCAGAAACUCCCCAGCAUUGAUACCAAGUAUCCCUUACAGCCAGCCACGUCUGUCUGCAUGCAGACCCCCAUCACAUACAACCACACCAUCCCCAGCAGUGGUGCUCAUAGACCAGUGGGGGCGGUGAGUGGGGAGUACCUGUACUGUCCGCCCCAGCGUUGGCUACACAAUCUGCAGAAUGGGGCAACAGUAUUCCUCUAUCACCCAUGUGCCUCUAUGUCAGAGCGUGUCCGUCUGUCUGUCCUUGCACGCUCCUGUCUAUCCCAUUACAUCAUCACUCCACACUAUGAACUUGGUGCAAAGAGGCCAUUUGCCAUGGUCUCGUGGGGUCAUGCUCUGGAGCUGUCCCAUGUGACCGAAUCGGACGUGUGCAAUUGGCUGGAAGUGAACGCAGCCCACAGCUUUGAGAGCAGGAAGCUUCAAAGCCACAAGUACAGUCUGUACCUGACACGGCCGGCAGGUGUCCCCCAGCUGAUGCACUCUGGGGAGGGAGGCGCACAGAAACCUCUGGCUAUGGGGGAACAGCAACAGUCUCUGAAACAGUGCUGUGUGGAAGCUCUCUCCCGGCUCUGGGAAGAAGGUUCUGAGAUGGACUGGAACAGAUGGAAGAAAAAGAGAAGGAGAGCAAUCUUCAGCCAGGGGGAAGGACAGAGAGAGAAAUUGGAGGACACGUAUAAAGGCAGUGUAAAUAAUGACGUGGCGUCUCAGUCCUUACCACACAACCUGAACACAAUGGGACCUGAACAAGCACAGAAGCACAGGACUCUCCAUCGGCCACGGAGGGACACACAAACAAGAGGGACAGCAGGUGAGGCCGUGACAACGAGGGGAGGAAUGAACAAAGAGUUAAAACAGAGAGAAGGAAGAGUGGUAGAGAACAUCCCAGAGGAUGACGUGGGGGGGCAGCGGAAGGAUGAGAAAGAACUCCAAAAGACUCACAACAAGGAAAGAGACUCCCAAACACUUGGGGCAGUAGAGGACAGGGGGGAGAGUCCUGGGGAAAGAGGGGUGAGAAGUGAAAAGCAGGAGAAGAGGGAAGCAUCCAGGGAGCAGCGAUAUGGAGGAGACACCAACACCGAGUCUGAGCUCCACAGGAUAAAUGGGCAUCCCAGGCCCAGACAGCAGACACAGCACCUAAAGGGCCACCUGGACAGAAGUCAAACAGAGCAGCAGGGCGGUCCCAAGUGCUGUGGGUGCACAGAGACUGAGGUGCCAGCAGAGAACGCUGUGCUGGGACAGAGGCUGCCCACGCCGCGCACCAAUGAAGCGGUUUGGGCAGCUGCGGCUCUGGGCUUCCUGCUGGUGCUGCUGACCCUAUCAGUACUGCACACCCGGCUGUACCGACACUGGCGAACCAUGCCCAGCCUCUACUGGUACCACCCGCAGCAUGACUACGACAGCGUGGCAGACGUGGUGCGAAGGAGGCUGAAGAUGUCCGGAGGGAAGAAGAGGAGAGCGCCACAGAGCCGAAGGCCAGAGUGUGUGCUCCUUCCCAGCUCCAGCACAGAGGAGGAGUCGGACUGACAUUCAUCCUGUUCCCUCUCUGCUGCACCUGCCUCUACCUGCCUCAGCCCACCUCCUCCCCCUCUGCAUCAUUCUGCUCUAGGAGCAGCAAAUGGCAUUGUUCUGCUGACUCCAGUCCAGGGUACAAAACCUGCUGGGUUUACAGAUGGAUUUUGAUUGUCCUAAUAUCAUACGGAGAGGCACUGAACUCUAAAACUGUCAGUUUAUGGACAUUUGUCAUCCUAGCACGUUUGCUAGUUUGGUUGCAAAAUCUAUUUAUGGAAAAGCGUGGAAAUAUUCCCCUUGAAAACCACAAUGCAAAAGCAACUUUCUAGAAUCCAGUUUGCUUGAUAGCUAGCAAGUUGUAUUUAUACUCCAUUUUUAUUUAAAAAGUUUUUAAUACUAACUUUUACGAAACCAUGAAUUUUAGUAGAAUCAUGCAAAUUAUGCAGGUUGCUAGCUUGUUGGCUAAUGUGGACAAAUGGGGUAGUUAGUGGUAAUGUUUAUCUGGUCCCAGGAGUGAUUCCCAGCAGCAAAGAAAUUAGCUUGAUACUUAUUUUGAAAAUGUUGUAUGAAAAUGAAAUAAGGGGGAAAGAUCAUUGAAAAGGUAAUGUACAGAACUCCAAUCAAUAAAGAAAUUGCUUUCUUAGAA